AUGGCAGUCAAGUACGUUACCCAGCCAGCAUUUCCAGUGAAGCUCCGCAAUGCCGUCUACAAUCACUUCAUCGACCUCGAUCCUACAGUCGGCGAAGCUACCGCACUAGCGCGUUCAAGCCAGCAGAUUCGCGCUGAGUUUGGCUCGCUGUGUCUGGCAUCAGGGCACUUCGCAAUCCCUACGGAACAAGUCGACAGCUUCCUACACGUUUUCUUCCCUCGUCACUUCGACUUGGAACCGCGAGUCAAUGGUUCCCUCACCGACCUGUCGUUCGACUGGUUAGAAUCGCAAGACUGGUUGAUCGGCCUACUGGAAUUGGUCACGAUCAUGCAUCGAUACCCUCUACUCAAGAUCUCAUGGUUCAAAGAUAUCACCACGAUCAUUUCCAUUCUGGAAAGCAUGGACACUCGAAAGUUCGAAAAGAUAACAUCAGUGAAGUAUUUCAUACACUCAUUUUCUAACAACCGCUCGAAUUGCUGCGCUUACCUUUGGGUCACAUUGAAGAGGAAAACAGAUCCUUCUAGGCUGGGACUCAGCCGCAAAUACGGAAUAAUCAACGUCUGUUUUGCUUGGGAAUUAGGUUUAGACGGUGAAGAAGAGACUCCAGAAAGCUCAAGUGGGGACGAGGAUGGCUCAGACAGUGAGGAAGAGAGUUCAGACGAUGGAGAUGAUAACGAGGAUAACGAGGAUGGCGAUGAAGACGCUCCAGACAGCAGCGAAGGCGCUGUGGAAAGUAGUGGCUAG